GGGUGUUGCGGGAGGGGAAGAGACGCUCGCGCUCUCCCCCAUACCCUCUCUUCCUCUCAUCGUAAACCUCAUCCCAUCUCUCUCACACCCCAAUUCCAUCUCCAACUGGUUUUAUGGUGUUCUCUCACUCUCUCUCUCUCUCUUGUUCUCGUCGCGCCGCGUAUAGCUCUUUCCACCCGACAAUCAUCCCCCCGUGUCACGUCUUCACCCGAGUAUCUCACACAGCCUUUUCCUCUCUUCUAUAAUACACUAUCGUUUUGCCUCACCCUCGUUUUCAAUUUUUUUUUUUUUCCCUCGUGCAAAAAUAUAUUCCUCUCAACUUCACGUGCGCAAAACCCAAGGACAUUCAUGAGGAUUACUAUCUCGUCAACCUGUUCUUCGUAGACGGCGGCUAGACGUGAUGUCCAGGUGACCGCAAAGUGUAUAUGUGUGGGAGAGGGAGAAACAGAAUCGAAAAGAGAGAAAGUGGUGGCAGUGCUGGGUGCCAUCCAUUGUGUGAUAGGCGGCGUGGUGCUUUUGCUGUUAACUGGAAAGCUGUUGGAAAAAUUCUUCACUUACGGUCCGGUAUAACCCCACUCCAUUAUUUAAACGGGAAAGAGGGAAAUAGCUUUCGAGCUAGUGAAACAUGAGGGAGUGUGAGACUUCACUGUAAGUAAAUAAUCCGUCCUACCUCAUGGAAAUCGAGAGUGCGGCGCGUGUCCACAACUCACGUCGUCGAGAUGAUUUUUCUCUUUUUUCGAGUGCUUUAUAUCGGUGAUAGAGUGUGAUAAAAAUAACGAGGUAUCAUAUUGACGGCUCGCAAUGAAUUUCCCGCCGUUCGGAGGUCAUUUUCCUGGUACUAUACCAAGUAUCCAUCAAUUUACGACCGACGGCUCUGGUGGUGCAAGUGCUCGAUAUGCGAAUCACUUUCCUAAUCAGCCUCCAAUUGGAGUGCCAGUUAUGGGAAAAUAUCGUCCAGAAUCAAAUAGUGUUCAAACAGCACAAUCCCAGGUGAUGAUGAACAAUAAAACUUCCUAUCCAAAUAGCAAUGUUCAUCACUACACAAAUGUUCCCUACUCACAGGCUCAGCCUGUUCAACAAAGACCAACAAAUUCUCCCGUCAUGCAAGAGAAACGAACCUAUCAUCAGGCGACAGAAACCAUAAAUCAACAAGAUGUCUGCAACCUUUUACAGGAGAAGGACAAGAGCAAGGAUAAAAAAUCGGAAGAUCAACGAAAUGGUGAGGCAGCGACAAAUGGUGGACAACAGGACUACACGAUGCAUCAGCAUCAUCAACAGCAUGCUCAUACUCAAACACCGGCAACAAUGCCAGCAACGUGGCAAUCAUUGGCAACACCUGGUUCAACUGUUGCCGAUUAUCUGAGUCAUUUACCUGCCAGUACUCUACCAUUGAGUUUACAUCAUUUUCUCAAAUAUUCCGCCGAGAGUAUUAAAAAAGAAUCGGAAAUGGCGCAAACAACAUCGGUUGCCGUUGCAACAACAACGACGCCAAAUAUUAUGAUGUCGCCAAAUAGUAAAAAGAAAAAGAAGAAGAAGGCACCAAAAGAAAAGAAACCACGACCAAAACCUGGUGAAAUUCGUCUCACAACUGCUUUGGAUGGUUCAACAUUGUAUUGUUGUCCCGAAUGUCAUAUGGCAUAUCCAGAACGUGAUCUUUUGGAACAACAUCUCCUUGGACAUACACUUGAACGAAGAUUUGUUUGUGAUAUUUGCGGCGCUGGAUUAAAACGAAAGGACCAUUUAACACGCCACAAACAAAGUCAUAAUCCCGAAAGACCUUAUGUUUGCACCGUGUGCCUCAAGGCUUUUAAAAGAAAGGAACAAUUAACAUUACACUUUGUCAUUCAUUCCGGCGAAAAGAGACAUGUCUGUACAGAGUGCGGGAAAGGAUUCUAUCGUAAGGACCAUUUACGAAAACACACCAGGAGUCACAUUGCAAGACGAGUUAAAGCCGAGCUAAGUCAAAAUGCUGCAGGUAGUCAACAAAAUCAACAACAAAACAAUGUCACGAGUAUGCAAACAACGGCAGUGACAACAUCUUCCGUUCUCCCCGGUGGACAUCCAGGACCUCUCCUGUCCUGAGCCCCGCCACCAGGGAACUUUCAAGUUCCCCAUCCAAACAACAUUAUUCAUCAACAUACACCUCAUCAUACGUUACAUCAUCAUCAUUUAACGACAGUCAAUGUUGCCCAUCAAUCGAGCGUGACUCCUCUUGCCACACCGAGUCACUAUCAGGCGCAUGAACUUAGCUUUCUUGGGCACGUCAAAGAUUUCUGAGAGCACGGGAAUACCUCAUCGAAGAGGUAACGAGAUUUUUCAAUGAAAAAAAAAAAAAAAAAAAAUUAACGUGACUGAUAAACUUUCCACAGUUAAUUAAUAUUUGUUUUUUUUUCAAAAAGAAAGAGGAAAAAUUAAAACUUUUUCAUAAAGAAAAAACAAAAAAUAACAAGAAACGUAUACGUGGAAGAAAUCAAAUUUUUCCUUAUAUAGACUUGAAACAGUCGAUUUGCUUUUACUUGCGUGCGAGAGGCAAAUAAAAAAAAAAAAAACCUAUUUUUAUGGUAGAGCUCGAUAACAAAUAUGAGUAUGUAGUCCAUUAAUAUGAACAAAAAAAAAUUACAAAGAAAAACUACGAUCAAUAAGGUUAAUCAAAAUCCUAAGAAGAAAAAAAAAAUCUAAGGCUUCUUUGUAGAUUUUUGUCAAUCUAUCUGAUAAAGUUAAGUUUUAUUAAUUAUUUUUUAAAUAGGUGCUCUCAAAUCGCACUUUUGACAGGGCCUUAGCACAGUACCGUAAGAUAAAGAAGUGGUAAUACUCUAUACAUUCAAAUAAACAAAAAAAGCGAAGAAAAGAAAAAAGACAAGUAAAUGUUUUUUUUAAAAACAUUUUCUACUCGUUUUUAUAUACAAAGUUGAACAGCAGUAUUUUAUAUUUUACGACUAGUUCCAAAUUUUCCUUCUGCUCAAAAGCAGAUAUUAUAUUUAAUGUAUAUGUUUGACAUUUCCCAGUGAACUCCAAGAGUUUCUUUCUUUUUUAAUUUUUUUUAUUUUUUAUUUAAUGUUCCUGAACAUUGUUUUUUUUAUCUCUUUUUAUACAUUUACUUUUAAUUAGAUAUCUAAUUUUCGUUGAGCACUGAUUACGCUUUUAAGGAUGUAGAAUUUUUUAAAGGAAUAUUUUUAAUGAUGAGUAUCUUUUAAAGAUCUCUCCUAUGCUGGAUACAGUCGAAAUACGAAAUUUAUAUAAGUGUAACUCAUUUUUGUAUUAAGUUUUAGGUGUCGUUUAAAACGCUAAAGCCACAUUGCAGUGCCUAUUUGUAUGAUGACACUUAUUCGACUGACGGUGUAAAUGAUUUUCUAGCAUUUAAACGAGAAUUUGAGUUAUUGAAAGUUUUCAAGGAAUAUUAAUUCCACAAAUGAGAUAUUAAUUAUUAUUAAUAUUAAUUUUCAAGUAAGUUUUUUUUUUGAAUAAAUUUGUUUGUGAUUUUUUAUUUUUAAGUUCAGUCAGAGAUAGAUACUCAAAUGUUUUUUUUAGCUAAUCAUAAUUAUUUUUUUAUAAUUUUGUUUUUACAUUUUAAUACAUAAUAAACUUCAGUUGCUGUGCCAUUAAAUACUCGCGAAAAUCAUCAAUUGCAAAUCCCUUGCCAUAAUUAUAUAUUAACACUUAAAAAAGAACUGCGAAAGUUAUUAUUUUUGAGUUUGCAUUAUUAUUGUAUAAAAAAAAAAGUUAACUGUGCUUGGGAGACUGACGCGAGAAAACAGUAUCUUCCUCAAAUAUAUUUUUAUAUUUUUGUACGUUUAUUGUAGAUUAGAACAAAAAACUUGAUCAUACUUUUGUUAUUUACUUAAUUCAUAGAAUUUAUUCAUUUUUUUUUUAUUUUUAUUUAAAAGUUUAAAAGUUUUUCAAAUAGUAGAAUUUUAAUUUAAGUCUUAAAAACUAUAAAGAUUUUAAUGUUUAUAAAUUUUAUUUUUUCAUAGUUUGUAUUCAAAAUUUUUCCAAUUAUAGAUUUUAAUAGAUUUUUUUAAAAUGAUUUUUAUUUAAUUAAAAGAAUAAAAAUUAUUAAUUAAAUUUACUUUUUGUCGAUAAAGUAAAUGUAUUAUGUAGUUAAGUUUAUUUUUUUUCCAUUUUUUUAUUAUUUCUUUUUAAGCAUCAAGCUCCUAACGCAAAGACGAUUUUUAGCAAGCAAAAAAAGGACAACAGACCUCAAGUUUAAGAAUAUUAAAUGCUGCAUAUAAUAUACAUAAAAUUAUAAGAAAAUGAGCUGUAUUAAAAUAUCCACCAUGUAUUUGUAAUCGUAAAAAAAGAGUACCUAGUUGUACGUUUAGUUAAUAAGUUUGUAUACAAAGUAAAAUGUAAGGACUUAAGCUAAGAAAACGAGAGAGUGAGAGAAAAAUCUCGAAUGUUAAUCAUACUCAUGUUCGGGAAAUGUAAGGGGACAGUAUUUUGUGAAUAAGGUGAAUUGUGCAAAAAAAAAUUGACAAAUAGCUUUACGAUUUAUAAAUAAAGGUCAAGCUUUCUCCUGAACAAAAAAAAUUGGUUCAAUUAAAAAUAGAUAUGUAAUAAAAAAUUAUAAAAUUCGUCUAAUUUAAAACAAAUUAAUGUUUCGCUCUUUUUUUUAUAAUAAUUGAUUAUUAUCUAUUUUUUAUCGAAUCAUUUAAUGAUUCUUAGUCUUAAAAUAUUGGAAUUUCUUUGAAACAAUUACUAAUUGUUUUAUCGAAUUAUAAGAAUAAACAAUGUUCCUGUGAUAAGUAAAUGUUGAUUAAUUUUUCGUAAAAAAAAAGUUGCUUUUAAAUUAAAGUAACGAAACAAUAAAGAGAAAAAUAAUCAUGGAACACAGUUUAUUUAUUAUUCGAUUAAUCAUUUUUGUACGUCGCAAUUUUUUAAAAAGAAAUUUCGAGAAAAAACUAUAAAUUCUAAUUAAAAAAAAAAAAAUUUCUCUUUUGAAGAAAUUAGAAUGACUCAAUUUGAAUAAACACUAGUUAUAUCUCGAAAUUUCGCAGACAAAAGUCUGAAAUGUAAUAAUAAUGGAGGGAGUUUUUCCGCUUGAAGACAGGAGAUUGAUAAAAAAGAUAAAUAAGAUAAAAUAUUUUUAGUAAUACAGAAAAGGAUUUAGUGUUACAGAAAAAAAGCAACUACAUUAUGAAUAAAUAAAAAAUAAAUUAUAGGUAAUGCUUUAAGAAGACAUUGCAGAAUUCUAAAUGAUAAUAAAAAAAAAAACAUUCUGCGCGUGAUGAAAAACAAUUUCCGCGCUUUUUUCCCUCAAUAAAUAAAAACAUUAUUAAAGACUCCAAUUUUUCACAAGGACUGAAAAAAUAAUCUAAUUCUUGUUUUCUAAAUUAAAAAAAAAAUAAUAAUGUAAUUUGACUACUCGAUCAAAAAUUUAUAUAAAAAUCGAAGAUAAAAAUAUUUAAUUUGCAAAAUUUAUACUCUUUUUUAGAAAUUUUUUAUUAUAAAUAAGAAUAACACCAAUAGUAUUUUUUUAAAUGUAGGGCCUUUAAAACUCUCGUAAGAUGAAAAGAAAAAUGUUUUCAACCGAAUAAUUAACGACUGACCUAUUUAUAAUUUUUAAAAUAAAAAAAAAAACUUAUAGCUAACUGUAAAGAAUCUGCGACUUCCAAUUUUUCCAAUAUUAACAUUCUUCCACUAUAGUGAAAAAUCAAAUAAA